AUUUGUAUCCGUCCUGGCUUAACGUCCUUGGAUGUAAUCCCUUCCUGCUGCCAUGGCAACGAGGGUAUAAUAGCGCCAAUGCCAGUGCCCGCCUUAAAGGGGUUAAGGCACCAAUGCCCCCUGCCCCUGGGGAGGGACUCGGGACCGGGGUCUCUCCCACCUGCUGGGUGCCUGGUGCACCAUCCCCUCCCCCCUCCCCUGUGGUCCUGCUCAUCCCCUGCCACCCUUACACCCCUGCUGGCAGGAAGGGGUUAAUAAUUCAGGGGGUGCACGAGGCUUACCCCCUGCCCCACUGAGAAGGGGGCAAGGGCAGGGGGAGCAGAGCCCUGCGGGCAGGCUGAGCUGGCCGGGUCCUGGGCUGAGCCGGGCGUGGGGGCCAUGGGGGGCUGGAUAUGUGACCCUGUGGGCGUGUGUGUUGGGUGGGGCUCUUUGUGUGUGUUUUGUGUAGCUGUGUGUUUGUGCACCGUGUGGCGCUGUGGUUGUCAGUAUGAUCAGUUGUGUGUGUGUGUGCUGGGUGGGGCUCUUGUGUGUGUGUGUAUUUGUGUGGCAUGUGAAGCUGUAGGGCCAGUGUGAUCAGGUGUGUGUGUGUUGCAUGGGGCUGUGUGUGUGUUUUGUGUAGCUAUAUGCUUGUGCACCAUAUGACGCUGUGGGGGCCAGUGUGAUCGUGUGUGUGUGUUGCAUCGGGCUCUGUGUGAGUUUUGUGCCCCGUGUGAAAAUCGUGUGUGUGUGUAUUGGGCUUGAUGGACCUUUGGUCUGACCCAGUCUGGCCGUUCUUAGGUUCCUGGAGCUAGCAGGAGGACCCAAGAGCCCUGGCUCCCAGUCUCCCUGGUGGAACCCGGGGGAGAUAACUGGCAGUAGAACCCAGGUGCCUUCUGUAACUACUAGGCCAUGCUCCCACGGGCUCAGAAUAGAGUCCAGGAGCCCGCCCAGUACUCUGCUCUAUCCAUUAGGCAACACGUGGUGCUGAGAAUAGAAACCAGGAGUCCAGUUCCCGGUGCCGAUCCACUCCCUGGCAGGCUUUGCAUUGGCUGGCUGGCCUCUCCAGGUAGCAGGGCUGGUGGGGUCACAACUUCCCCUUAGGCGUCUGCUCUCGCCCACCUUUGCCAUCUGGUGCCAGCAGCGCCAGUGCCAAUCACGCCGCCGGCAGCCGAGCUGGCUGAUUGGCUGGCAUUUUGGGGAGAUGCCUGGUCUUCUCUCCAGCCAGUGGCUUCUGCCUCCUCCGCCCUUCCCCGUGCUGCGAAAGCGUUGGGCUCAGCCCCAUCCAUCGCCUGGGCGGGCGAGCUGUCAGGGCAGCGGGAUCUGGAGACGGUCGCCGUGGCAGCCUGCUCGGGUACCCGCGUCUCAGAGCAGCAGUGCGGAAAAGCCUUUCUCUGAGCAUCCCUGACCGCAGCCAUGAGCAGCAGCCCCGCCAGUGGCGUCUCCUUAGAGGGGAUCUCGCUGGAUUCCUCGGAGGAGUCCGAGCUCCGCAGGGAAGCCAUGCAGCAGGUCCUGGACAACCUGAGCGACCUGCCCAACUCCACCGGGGCGGCCGACCUGGAUCUCAUCUUCCUCCGAGGCAUCAUGGAGAGUCCAAUAGUAAGAUCCUUGGCUAAGGCUCACGAGCGCCUGGAGGAGACCAAGCUGGAGGCCGUGAGGGACAAUAACGUGGAGCUGGUGCAGGAGAUCCUGCAGGACAUCGCCCACGUCGCCGGGAGCAGCAGUGCGGCCGCCGAGCUGGCACGCAUCCUGCAGGAGCCCCACUUCCAGUCUCUCCUGGAAACCCACGACUCAGUGGCCUCCAAGAGCUACGAGACGCCCCCACCCAGCCCCCUCCUGGACCCCAUGUUCAACAACCAGCCGGUGCCGCCGGAUGCCGUGCGCAUGGUGGGGAUCCGCAAGACGGCCGCGGAGCACCUGGGCGUGACCUUCCGGGUGGAGCGGGGCGAGCUGGUGGUCGCCCGCAUCCUGCACGGCGGCAUGAUCGACCAGCAGGGCCUGCUGCACGUGGGUGACGUCAUCAAGGAGGUGAACGGCAAGGAGGUGGGCAACGACCCGAAGGUGCUGCAGGAGAUGCUGAAGAACGCCACCGGCAGCGUGGUCCUCAAGAUCCUGCCCAGUUACCAGGAGCCUCCCCCGCCCCGGCAGGUGUUUGUGAAGUCCCACUUUGACUACGACCCGGCCAGCGAUAACCUCAUCCCCUGCAAGGAGGCAGGGUUAAAAUUCACGGCCGGGGACCUGCUGCAGAUCGUCAACCAGGAUGACCCCAACUGGUGGCAGGCCUGCCACGUGGAGGGCGGCAGCGCCGGCCUCAUCCCGAGCCAGCUGCUGGAGGAGAAGCGGAAGGCGUUUGUGAAGCGCGACCUCGAAGUCCCCCCCACGUCCGGUGCCCUGUGCGGCAGCAUCAGCGGGAAGAAGAAGAAGAGGAUGAUGUACCUGACCACGAAAAAUGCAGAGUUUGACCGGCACGAGCUGCUGAUCUACGAGGAGGUGGCCCGCAUGCCCCCGUUCCGCAGGAAAACCCUGGUGCUGAUCGGGGCCCAGGGCGUCGGGCGGCGCAGCCUCAAGAACAAGCUCAUCAUGUCGGACCAGGCGCGCUACGGGACCACCAUCCCGUACACGUCGCGGAAGCCCAAGGACCACGAGAGGAACGGCCAGGUCUACUGCUUCGUGUCGCGGGGGGAGAUGGAGACGGACAUCAAGGCUGGCCGCUACCUGGAGCACGGGGAGUACGAGGGGAACCUCUACGGCACCAAGAUCGACUCCAUCCACGAGGUGGUGGAGUCCGGCAAGAUGUGCAUCCUGGAUGUGAACCCGCAGGCGGUGAAGGUGCUGAGAACGGCCGAAUUCGUCCCCUACGUGGUCUUCAUCGAAGCCCCGGACUACGAGACGCUCCGAGCCAUGAACAAGGCGGCGCUGGAGAGUGGCGUGGCCACGAAGCAGCUCACGGAGGCGGAUCUGAAGCGGACGGUGGAUGAGAGCUGCCGCAUCCAGCGUGGCUACGGCCACUACUUCGACCUCAGCCUGGUCAACGACAACCUGGAGUGGACAUUCCAGCAGCUGCAGGAGGCCCUGGAGAGGCUGCGGGCAGAGCCCCAGUGGGUCCCCGUCAGCUGGGUUUACUAGGAGGACGGGGGACGGCAUGCUGGGAGCGAAGGCCUCCCCACCCUGCCCCCACGCGGAGGGCACUGCCGACCCGCCUCCCCUCGGCCCUUCCUCCUGCACAAACCACGACGUCUGAAAGCCAAGGAACCCAGCUCCCCUGCCUGCGUCCCAGGCCUGUCUUCGGGGGAGCGGCGGCCCGAGCCAGGUCUUGUCCCUCCGAGGCGCUAGCUGCAGCUGCCAGUAGGGGGCGGCGAGGCAGGGAGCUGGGUGCUUGUUGAAUAUCCCCUCCCCACCCCCCAUCCAGAGUUUUAACCAACUUUGCCAGAGUUAGAGAGUUUCUCGUGGGCAUUCCCGAGGGGCACCCCCAGUGGAGGACCCUUCUCUGCCCCGGACACAGGGCUGGGGGGCAGUGACCCCCCCAUUUCCUCCCAGGAAGGGUUGGGGUGGCCAUGGGGAGGGUUGAGAGAGCAGCCUAAGGCAGGGCGGUGCCCAGGAUACCAAGCAGAGCCACUUUAGUGCCCAGAGUGGGCACCGGGUCCCCCUUCCAGCCAGCCCCAGGGCUGUGCCUGGGGCCAGAUCCCGGCAGCCGGCAGAGGGAGGUGGGCAUGAGGAGGGCAGCGUGAAGCAUGCUGCAGGAGGUGCACAGAUCUGGGGAUGCCAGCUGGCCCCUCCCUCCAUCCCUGCGCGUUUCUCCCUUCCUCACCCAGCCGCCCGCUCCGUGCCCAGGCUGCAUCCACCUUCCUGGUCCAGCCUGAGCUGAGAGGUGCCUGCCACCACCUCCAGCUGCUCCCUGCAAGACCCCUUUGCAGCCUGGAGGCAGCUCAGGGCGUCUCUCUGCACUGGUCUAGGCCAGGGGAAAUCUCAAUAUGGACCAACCUGCUCAGGAACAGAGGCGUUCCUGGCCAUCUUUCUUCAUCGUUCCCCACUGGGCCAGCGGGGUGGGGAUGAGGGUGGUGGGGGGGUUCGGAGCCCAUCACCUCCCUGGGCUAGAGCGUCAGAUUCUCCCGUAACCCGUCUCGGGGGUUCGGGGCAGGAGGCGUGUCCACCAGGGAAAUGAGCUUGGUGGGCUCAGUGGGCUUCUUGGAUAAACCUUAGAGACUAACUCACUAAUUCCCUGCCGUGAAUCCACAGCUGCUCCCCAGCAAAGACGGAUUUGUUAUUUCGGGGCUGGCUGGCCGGGGUGGGGAGAAUUUCUGAGGAAACGACUGACAAGUUUGGUGCCGCGGGAGAUCAGUCCCAUGCCAGGACAGCCGGAGCCCGGUACAGAAAUCAGCAGGGCUCCGAUGCCCUACCUGAAAGAGACGAAGCCACCACAUGCCCUGCCUCACCUGCUCCCGCAGGAAACCUGUGAUGGAUUCGUCCGGAGUGGGACCCAGAGCCCCGGGGCAGAAGCACAGAAGGAAUCUUCUGGGGAGAUCAGCACCAAGCAACUGCCCAGCUAUCUCACUGCCAGCAAUUCAGCUCACUUUACAGACCAAGCCCCCGGCUCCGAGCCGGAUGGAUUAUUCCCCCCUCCCAGUCUGAACGUUUGCAGAUGUCCCAGCGACGGUCCGAAAUGCCGCCCUGUCUCUCCCCCCUACCCCCAGCGUAGAGUAGGUGAUUGUGGGGCUAUUGAAGGGGAAUUGCGCCGUCUCUGAAAAUCAAUCGCUUUAAGGUCCAAAUGGUUGAAGGAGGAACCCUCGAGGAGGGUCUUGUUGUUACAUCCCUGGCGUAGGACACAGGACGUCUGGGUUCGAUUCCCGGCUCUGCUCCAGCCUCCUGGGCAAGUCACUUAAUCGCUCAGUGCCUCAGUUUCCCCGCCUGUCCAAUGAGCUCAAGUUAAUACCCACCCCCCACGAGCGGGCUGAGAAUACAGCUGUUAAUGUAGGUGAGGCCCUCAGAUACUUUGGGGACGUGGUGGAACCUAGAGAGGUAAGUAACACAAAUACUUUUCAGGUUCUGGACCAUAGACCCCCCCAGCUGUAGGUUUUAGGAUUUAUAAAGUGACAGCAAAAUACUUAUGGCAUUAAAUAAAGACCAUAAUGACUGGCUAGGCGGAGCCAGCCAGGGGCAUCACAAGCUAGCCGCUAAGGGGAGUAAUUGCCACCCCUAGACCUCGGUUUGCGCACUCCAGCUUUUCAUAGGUCCAUAGGCUCCACUGUUUGCCCCUUGCCCAAGCUUUGCAGGAGAGAAAUGGGCACAUCUGCCAUUCUCUAUGCCAGCGCAACGUUGCCCUGGUCCUGGGAUGUUUCUGAAAUGGUGCCGCCGAGACCGUCAGCAAAAUGCAGGGGGAGGGGAGGCGGUAAUCCUGAAAACGGGGGGCCAGCCGGCUCUGCGGUUUAGGAUCGGGUUUGUUGCUCAAACACCCUUAGAAAAAAGAUCAGUAAAAACAGGAGGGGGGCAGGGGUUGUGCGUGGACAGUGCACAGCCUUGUCUGCCUGCGUGGGUGUGAGAGCCGAGGCGGGAAGGGCUGAUCUGAUCACCAGACGGGUUUGGUAGUAACCCGGCGAGGGGUGGGGGGUUAUUUAUUUCUUUUCUUGGUAAUGACUUUGGUCUUGCAUAUUUCUUUAGCCGAAUCCCCACACAGACUUAACUGACCCCAUCAAAUGUUAAAGCUACCUGGUCCCGCCCUCCUUUGACUUACCUGCCACAGGCGAUUUUAGCCCUGGGCCUCAGUUUCCCCUUGAGAUAAUGGCGACGAUGUUGCCCUCCUUGAUCAAGCGCUUUGAGAUUGACCGGUGCAAAGCGCUAGCUAACAGCUGGCUGGUACAUCUCCGCAGGCCCUGGGAACCUCACGACAUCGUUAUUAUUUCUGAAGCCGUUAGAGGCCUCGAGUAAGAUCAGGGCCCCGUUGUGCGAGUUGCUGUAUAUACACAGAGAGUUCCUGCCCUGACGGGCUUCCGCUCUCAAUACACAAGUGGCAGGAGGGGAAACUGAGGCACAAAGGGGUGGGGAAGUGACUCUGGAGUGCAGGUUUCUGUGUCUCCACAACUACCUCAUGUCUCAGCUGCAGCAGGGCAAAGGGAGCCCUGGCCUUGGCUCGGGCACCUAAAUGAAGAAGGGGCUUUAUUUGCUGAGUGUUUUCUCUUAAGGCAAAACUCCGUCUCCUGUUUCUAACCGGGCUGGCUGCCGUGUGCCCCUGGCAACCCAGACCAGGGGAGUCCAUGCACAGGCCUCAUGGCCGCCCGUGGAGCUGGGAUGCCUCCAGUUUUGGGUGCCCGACUUGGGAUGACUGGGGCCUGGUUUCCACGGCUGUGGCGCAUUCACUGACCUCCCCUCCCCCCGGUCUGCCCGUGGCCCCCAUUACUCUGGUGCCCCAGACUUACUGUAUUGAUCGCAAGUCAGGCACCCCAAAUUUGGGGCCCCUCCUAAAAAUUUGGGCCUUAAGUUCUUGUUUCUCAAAUGGCUGGAGUUCCCCUUUAAAAGCAGCUGUGGCUAGGGUCUCCCCGGCUGGCCGUCAUGGUGUGGGGGGGCCGAGGGAGCCAGGGAGAGACACCCAUUGGGAAGGGGUGAUAACCCCCAAAUUCCAAUGCAGACCCCCUUUGGGAGGGUGCUCUCCAAACUGUCCCUACCCCGGCUCAAUGGACCGCCCUUCCUUGCUAUUAAAAUGCACCCCCUGAUUCUGUUCCCACCUCCAUUGGGGGAGUGACCCCAGGUCUCUUGCCAAGAACCCGGUCCACAGGGUGUAUUUCCGUUGUAAGAUAGUAGCGAUAACGGAGGAGAGGAUUUAUGUCCCGUGUUUAAAAACCCGCCAUCUAUGUAAAGAAGAGAAAACGCCAGGCUCUGAAAUCGGAGCGUUUUGGUGGGGUUAUUUUUGGUUAGUGUUUAAUGUUUUGUUUGAAGGCUUUACUGCCUGGCAGUUAGAUUAUCCAAAGGACUCAGCAUCCGGCAGAAACCUGCCACGCUGGGCAAUUCGGUCGUUUUGGUCCAGAAAGUUCUGGUUUGUUUGGGGUGAAUCAGUGGGACUUUUUGCCCCAGGGACUGUUUUGCAUCUGUAGGUGACUGGGGGGGUUAUAUGAGAGAAUGGGACCGAGGGGGGUAAGUUUGUUUCCCUGUGUGUGUGUGUGUCUCUGUGUCUGUACCCACGGGGGCGUGGUUGUGUAUGUGCAUGUGUGUCUGUCAAACAAUUGCCAAUUCUCGCCAUUUUAUCACGUUUCACACUGUUUGUUUAUUAGUCAAAUCCCCAGCUCCCGGAGUCAGGUGAUUCUAUGAGACGCUUAGCUUUUUUUCAAGUAAGUGUCUAUCCCUCAUGUUUGUGGGGAAACACAACCCUGAAAGGCCCCGACAUCUUUUGGCAACUAAAAAUGAUUGUUUUUAAAAUCUCACGACUUUAAAGCCAAUCUCCUGAUUUUUUGGGGAAGGGGCUGGACUGAUGAUUUUUGAACAGUUGAGGUUGGCGACACUGAGGCCUCUCCUCCCCUUCCGUGUGUGCGCAUGCGUGAGUCCAUGUGCAGGCAAAUGGGCACUAAUGUGUGUGAAUGUCACUUCUGAUGAUGACUCACUCCGUGUUAAUUUUACAUUUGCUCUGCCAGGGAUGGCGAAUAAGUUUUUACCCUAACCCCUUUUCUGUCCCAAGCUCUGUUUCCUACUGAAGAGUGGGAGUAACUGGAUUUAAAGACGAUGUACAAUAUGGAUGUGUCACUAAAAUCCACUAUAGUGAAUGAUCCUGCACUGCCCCCACCCCGCAAGAGAAAUGGACGUGUUCGAGCUCCGAUUUCCUAGUCCGCUCCCGGCUCUGAGCGUCUCCGUUAGACUCCUUGAAACACACGCGCGUUCAUAAUGAUUCGAUGUAAAUACUGAGCAACGGCAAGGUGGAAAGAUUUUUUCCCCCCUUCUCUUUGUUUUUGGUGAGUGGUGGUAGUUCCCCUUCGCCUCCCUGGAAUUGUCUGUUUCUUAGACGUGUGUGUUUGUUAGGGAGCUCAGCGGUGUGAUGUCCGUGUCGGGUCGGCGUUGCUGUGUGCGCGUGCGUGUUAGAAGCCGGCGAAUUUGGAUGGUUCGUGCCGUGUUUACACCACGUCGUUGGAGCGGCCGUGCUUUAGGGUGGAAUCUCUGAACCUGCCCUCCCUGCGGCCUGGUCCCCUCUGUGACCCUGACCCAUGGGGCGUGUGAUGAUUCUGGACCAGCGCUUGGCCAGGCUGGUUUGCAGGGGCAAGACACCCCUCACUUCGCCAGGCAGCCUCCUUUUGCAGCAGGACCCACAAACGCUCCCACCCAGCAGGUCAAAGGGCCCGAUCCUGGGAGCUGCCUCUCCAUGGGGCUGAGGGGGGCUGGCGAGAGGGGCUUGGCACAGGGAGGGCUCAUUGGUCUGAAAUGUCCCUUCUGGUGGGGGUGCCAUGCCAGGGUGGCUGGUUUGGUAUGGGAGGGGGGCGACCAGUCCAUGAGGCAUAUGACAUCAGGCCUGAUUGCUGCCCCAAAAGGACCAUUUUCAGGGCUAUGGGGUGAGGGCAGGAGGGGAAGUUACACAGGUGCCCCCCUCGCCCCCAAUGCUGCCAGCCCAGGCUGGCCGAGGCCCUGGCUUGGGUAUAGAUGCCCUCGUGGGAACGUUUCUCUCCGGGGCGGGCAUGGCCCCAUGGAGCUUUCUGCCAGGCUGCGCCACGUGGAAAGGCCGGGCACCACUCGUUCCCUGUAGCCGUGGGCUGUGAUGGGCUUUGCCAGCAAUGGUGUUUUACUCCAGGGGAGGAGCUGGCCCCUAAUUUAAAAUGUUAAGUCCCCACGGCCUCCCCUGCCUGUCUGGCCCUUCUCGUCCGAUUGAAUGAAUGACAGCGACUUUUUUGUACUGACUUUUCUAUUCCUAGUUACUUUCUGAGCUGUGUUGCUAGAUGCUCAGAGCCCUGAAGCUGCACAUUUCUUUUACGGUCGUGUGAGCUGAUCCAAUGUACCUGCCAGUGAACAACUCCUUUUGUUACUUUUCAGUUACUUUUAUUAAAUUAAAAAAAAACAAAACC